CCAAUCAGCGGCGCUGAAACUUUACAUUAAACCUGUCCGUGAACUCGCGCACAGGUAGAGUCCGAGCGCCUCUGGGAAAAGGGUCGGUACAUUUGUUGACGCGCAGGUAUGGAGACGAACAGCACGGCUGACAUCUUGUCUUCGGCAUACUUGGCCGUGGAGUUUAUGGACUCGCUGCUGCCUCAAAACCCCCUGCAGGAGCCCGUGAAGCUGGUGUGGGACCACAUGCUGCAGAACUACAGCAAGUUCCAGAUCGCGACAUGGGGCUCGCUCAUUGUGCACGAACUGGUCUACUUCCUGUUCUGUCUACCGGGCUUCCUGUUUCAGUUCUUUCCGUUCAUGCAGAAAUACAAGAUUCAAAAAGAUAAACCAGAGACAUGGGAGAAGCAGUGGAAGUGCUUAAAGAUGCUGCUGUUCAAUCACUUUUUUAUCCAGCUGCCUCUCAUCUGCGGCACAUACUACUUUACGGAGUAUUUCAGCAUCCCUUACGACUGGGAAUCCAUGCCCCGAUGGCCGUAUCUGUUAGCGCAGUGUUUCGGCUGUGCCGUGAUCGAGGACACGUGGCACUAUUUCCUGCACCGAGCUCUUCAUCACCGCAGAAUUUACAAAUACAUCCACAAAGUUCACCAUGAUUUCACGGCUCCAUUUGGAAUGCAAGCAGAAUAUGCUCAUCCGCUAGAGACCCUGAUCUUGGGUGCCGGCUUUUUCAUUGGCAUCAUGGUGUUCUGUAAUCAUAUGGCGCUCUUAUGGGCAUGGGUCACCUUCCGUCUGCUGGAGACCAUCGACGUGCACAGUGGAUACGAUAUCCCUCUGAAUCCCCUCCACCUGAUCCCCUUCUACGCCGGCGCACGUUUCCACGACUUUCACCACAUGAACUUCGUGGGUAAUUACGGCUCCACCUUCACCUGGUGGGACAAACUUUUCAACACCGAUGACCAGUACAACAGCUACACACAGAAACAGAGCCGGAAGAAAAACGAGUAACACACACCCACACACACAAACACACUGCUCAUAAUGUGUCUCACAUUGGACUGAACUGAACACAUUAACAACAGCAAACCUUCACCCGUUUCACCACAGUGCAUCUUAGAAGAGAACCAAAUAAACAAAACAAUCGGAUUAGCGAUUCAUCAUCUCUUAUUUGCUCUGAAUCUUUUUGUAUGUUGUUUAUUAUUAUUUAUGUUUAGAACAUCAGCAUUUAAUAAUACAUAAUAUGGACAGACGUUUGUGGACACCUAAGCAUAAGAUUCGUAUGUUCUUUUUGAACACCCCAUUCCACAUUUAGUCAGCAUUUGCAGUUAUUAUAACCUCACCUCUUCUGGGGAGAUGUUCCUCAGAUUUUUGUGGAGAUUUGUGAAGAUCAGCCACAAGGACCUUAGUAAAUUCAGGUCCUGAUGUAGGUGUGGAGGUGUGGGGUGCAGUCAUUGUUCACAUUCAUCCCAAAGGUGUUCAAUAUGGAUGAGCCUCUAUAGCAGGAGAUCUUUCACUGUAACCCAUGUAAAGCAUAUCUACAUGGAGCUAUCAUGCUGGAACAGGUUUGAGUCUUCUAGUUCAAGUGUAAUGCUACAACAUACAGAGAUGUCCUAUAUAAUUGUGUGCGUCCGACUUUGUGGUGAUUGGGGAAGAAGCACAUACAGUAUGUCUGGGAAAAAUCAGGUGUCCCAAUACUUUUGUCUGCAUAGUGUAUGUCUAUACCUCACAUGUACAAAGUGGGUUGUCGUGAUCUCAAGUGUUUGUCUGAUCGGGUCACGAUAAUCAGCGAUGCAAGCGUUCACUAUAAAAUAACGAUCCCUGAAGCACUUUGGAUAAAAUAUAUAUAUAUUUUUUCAUGUUUGUUGUAAAUGACGUUUCUGAGAUUCCUGUGACAACAGAGGGUAAUUUAAAAGUCAUUUUUUAUCGUAUGCUUUUACACAAAUAAUGUUAUACACUAUUUCCAUACACAACAACAUAUCUGGAAUGUUAUGCAGUAGCAUUAUAUAAUGAUGUGCCUGAAGAAAAAACUAAAUAAACUCUAAUGAAAUCUU